UCAGCUCAAAAUGCUGAACUGCUUCUGGAAGUCGCUGGUGCUGCGGUAGUUGGAGUCUGUUCUCGGGCCUGAGCCUCGAGGCCAGGCUCCUGGGUGUCGUUAAUGUUCGGGGCCGCCGGGCGCCAACCGAUCGGAGCUCCAGCCGCCGGGAACAGCUGGCAUUUCAGUCGAACCAUGGAAGAACUGGUUCAUGAUCUUGUCUCAGCAUUGGAGGAGAGCUCAGAGCAAGCUCGAGGUGGAUUUGCUGAAACAGGAGAUCAUUCUCGAAGUAUUUCUUGCCCUCUGAAACGCCAGGCAAGGAAAAGGAGAGGGAGAAAGCGGAGAUCAUAUAAUGUUCACCACCCAUGGGAGACUGGUCACUGCUUAAGUGAAGGCUCUGAUUCUAGUUUAGAGGAACCAAGCAAGGACUAUAGAGAGAAUCACAAUAAUAAUAAAAAAGAUCACAGUGACUCUGAUGACCAAAUGUUAGUGGCUAAGCGCAGGCCAUCAUCAAACUUAAAUAAUGUACGAGGAAAAAGACCUCUGUGGCACGAAUCUGACUUUGCCAUGGACAACCUUGGGAACAGAACUCUGCGCAGAAGGAGAAAGGUGAAACGCAUGGCCGUGGACCUGCCACAGGACAUCUCUAACAAACGGACAAUGACCCAGCCCCUUGAAGGUUGUAGAGAUCAGGACAUGGACAGUGAUAGAGCUUACCAAUAUCAAGAGUUUACCAAGAACAAAGUCAAAAAAAGGAAAUUGAAAAUAAUUAGACAAGGACCAAAAAUCCAAGAUGAAGGAGUAGUUUUAGAAAGUGAGGAAAUAAGCCAGACCAGUAAGGACAAAAUGGACUACGAAGAGCAAAAAGUCUCAGACGAACUCAUGAGUGAAAGUGAUUCCAGCAGUCUCAGCAGCACCGAUGCUGGUUUAUUUACCAAUGAUGAGGGAAGGCAAGGUGACGAUGAGCAGAGUGACUGGUUUUAUGAGAAGGAAUCAGGUGGAGCAUGUGGCAUCACUGGGGUCGUGCCCUGGUGGGAAAAGGAAGAUCCUACCGAGCUAGACAAAAAUUUACCAGAUCCUGUCUUUGAAAGUAUCUUAACUGGUUCUUUCCCUCUUAUGUCACAUCCGGGAAGAAGAGGUUUCCAAGCUAGACUCAGUCGCCUUCAUGGACUGCCUUCCAAGAACAUUAAAAAAUCAGGAGGGACCACAACUUCAAUGGCUACAAACUGGACCAGUGAGAUUCCCCUAUAAACCAAAUCUUCUAAUGCUAAUAAAUUAGUUACGUUUUGAACAUCUGGGGAAUGACAUUCGAGGGAACCUGGCUCCUGUCCUCUUCCCCUGGAGGAGUAUCAUUGAAGUGAGAGCCUCUUUGAUGAAAAGAUGGGGCUGUUUUUGCUGGAGGACUGGUAUUCUUCCUUUAGUCAGAAGUGAACCUGCUUGGGGAGGCUUUCUAGGGAUGUAGGUUGGCCCAGGGUGGGUUGAAACUACUGUAAAUUUUAUAUAUUUUUCUCUUUUAUGAUUUUUUUUACAUUGAAUCCAUUUAUGUAUUACUUGCUUUGCCAAAAUGCUAACAAAAGCUAGAAAACUGAAAACUUCCAGAUCUCACAUAAGUAUUCCUUAAUGUUUCUAUUGUGACUGGUUAAAAACGAAUUCUUACAUCUCUGACUGUUGUAAAUAAACAUGAUGCAUUGACAUUUAUGGUUCAUUUUUAGAGAAGUCUUAUAUAACCAGCAUUAUUUAAAAUAUUUGCAUUUUACUCAGGGUAUUUUAACAAGGGCUAAGAUGAGUAGUAGGUAAGGUUGAUCACCUUUACUAGAAUUUCUGUUUUGUUCAGUUUGCUUUCUACUUGGAUAAUCUGCUCUGUAUUGCAAACCCAUUGUAUCUUACAGUAUAGUGUUCAUUGUACCACAAAAAAAAAUCAUCCUAGUUUUAAGCUAACUACAGUGAUAACUAGCCUGUGCUAGUUCAUUCAUUGACUAUUACUUUUUUAAAAUAUCUGCUUUGUCUAAUACCUGAAACCACUCAAAAUUAUCGUUUUGGCUCAGAGCUUAUGGAAAUCAUGUGAAAGCUGGUGUUUCAGCUAAUACUGUAUGCCUCCGAAUCAUGUUGUCACGUUUAAAGUGAGAGCUGCGUGCGCACCUUUAGAAGGACAGAUCUUGCGUGUCAGCGUGAGUGUCAAAUACUCGCAUGAGCUCGUUUUCGCAAGCAGAGGGAAAAAUGUAACAUUUCUAUUGAUGGUAUAAUUUAGACACUAUACAACGUUCAGGCCAUUUGAAUUCUUCAAAAUGAUACAUUAAAAUGUUUAAUAUUUUUAUUAAGUUCCAAUUGAUUAAAACUGUGAUUUAAUACAUGUAUUUUUAUAUUAUUGUAUGGAUUAAUUGUUAAUUCAGCAUUUCAUGGACUUAAAUAUGAUGAUUGGAAAAGAAACUUAAAGUUGACAUUUCUUUACCUGAAAGUAUUAUAAUCUGAAAGAUUCCGGAAAAUGUAUUAAGCAGGAAUGUGUGACAUCUUUUAGAUUGCUUGUCUAAACUGGGGAGAUUAAAUAUGAUAAAGUGCAACUUUGAGUAUCUUUACCUUUGCAUAUUUAAAGUGAUAUUUUAGAGGUACAAUAAUGUGGUAUUUGGUCAUUGUAAGUAAGCUUCCUUGUGCUGUGUCCUUUGGAGUAAAAAUUCAUGAUUUCUUUUCUGAAUUACAUAAAUGCUUUUAUUUUAUUUUGUAUAAUGACUGUCUUUUAGAUCUGAAUAAGUCACUUUAAAACCUUGGCCUAUGAACUUUGCCUUACCAAUCAUGAAUCUAGAUGAAUGCUAUCUAGUUCUUGGUUCAGUUUUACCUAUUUUUAUUUUUGGUUCACUGCUUGCUUGAGCAUAGCUGGGAUUUGUAGCCCAUUUUCUAGGCUUAUUGCAAUCUCACUGUGGUAUUUUAUAGAAGCUAUUACAUCUGAUAGGUUAGCUUCAUGGUAUUGAUGAUACAUGGCUUAACCAUAGUAAAAGCUGCCUUCCCUCUCUAAAUUGUAAAAAGGUGAUUAAGUUUCACUUGAUGGAGAUAUACUAUAUAUGUGUGUUUAUCAUGGAACCUAGUGCAUUAGGCCAUAAACUGUUUUCCUGGUCUACAUUUUUUUGUAUUCAAAUUUUACUGAAGACAAUGAGCUCCUUCAGGUUUUCUUUCUUUCAAUCCUGAAUUGUCCUUGUUUGGAUUUUUAAGUACUGUAAUUUUUUUUUUUUUUCAAUAAAAUAUCUGACUUGGGCAAGAAAGGUAAGAGUUCCAAUUUGUGCUGAUAUUUUUAAAUCCCUCUGCUAAGUGUUGUUGUUGCUGCUCAUACUGUCCGUAUUGUAUGUAACCAUCACAUUUUAAAAAUCAUAAUCUCACAAAGCAGUCAUAUUUAAACAGUACCAAUGACAUCCAGUAAUAAGAAAUGAAAUUUAAUUCCUUAGACUUUCACACUGAAAUUUAAUUCCUUAGACUUUCACACUGCAAAGCCAGAUUGGUUGUAAGAGGUCAGUUUUCUGAGCAAAGUCAAACACGUAGCUGCAACCCAUUAAACAGAAUGGCAACAAAAGGUUUCUUUCUCUUACGCAGAUGAGUAAUGAUUGCACAGCUAUAAUGAUGAUCUUUGAAGGACAUGACAGAAGAAUCUUUUACUGAAAUAUUAAUGGAAAGUUUUCAGUUGGACUUUUAAUUAUUCACCAUAAUUAUGUUCUAAAGUUGCCCUGAAUGCUGAUUAGCAAAUACUGAACCAUUGCUCCUAAGGGAAAUACCAGGUUAAGUUCCUUUGAGCCUCCAGUCAUGACAUUUUUAUCAGUUGAUCAGUACAUAACCUUGUUUUAUGUAUCUUUCUGUCUAAAAACACCUUACUUAAUAUAUAUUGUUGACUCAUUAAUAUUGAACUCCGACCAGCAGCACUCUAACCUAUACCUGCACAAAGCCUAUCUACCAUACGUAUUUCCCCUUAAGGCCCAUCAUGGCCUUGUGCUUAGAAACCCUAGUCAGCACUUCACCAUGUGUGGGGUUCAUUGCAAACCGUGAAUUUCCAACAAAAAGCACAAAACUGUGAAACACGUGGCACUAAAUAAGCCACAGAAAGGACACUUGUUUACAGUAUUAGAGCUGAAAUAGGAAUGCACACUGUCGUCUUACGUGACCUCGGUGGGGAAAGCACAUGUGUGCCAGGUGACAGAUUUUUCACUGCUCCUGAAUGUCCGUGUGAAUGGUACAAGAACUGAUUUGGGAGUGGGAUCAUUCCGAGGCGCAUGCGACUCUCCAUCUCAGGGUUGUAAGUUUGAGCCCCACGUUAGGUGUAGAGAUUAAAAAUAAAAUCUUAAAAAAAUAAUUGGGGGUUACAGAUAAAUGUUAGUGAGUAGGCAAACUUGAAAAUGUGGAACCUGCAAAUAGUAAUGAGGAUCGACUCUACCUAGUUUUACUGAGCUGGGUGAUGUGGUAAUCACGGAAAAUUCAUAGGUUUAGAAGUCUGAACUUUGUGAAUCCCCACUCUGGUUCUUCUUUUUACUUGUAAUUACAAAUUGAAUGUCAUUUCCUCUUCCUGUUAAACAGAUGAUAAUAUUUACUUUGCAGAAGUGUUGUCAGGAUUAAAUGAGAUUAUGUGUACAUAAUUGGGCCAGCGCCAUUUUUGUCACAUAGUAUAUACUAAAUAAAUGAUAGUUACUGUUAUGUUAGACAUAUUAAAUAUAGAAUCUCAUGAUUUAGAGAACAUUUGUAUUAUGGGUCAAAUGCAGAAUUUUAGACUUUUAAACUUUAAACAUUUUAUAUAUGAUAUGCCUUUACAGCUAAUAUUUAAAGUGCUUUAUAUGGCAGCCUUUUAUGUUUCUUUUAUACUUCAUUUAUAUUUGAGCCAGGCCUUGUCUUUAAUAUGACUGCGAAGAAUAAUUUCGAAUGAGUUUAGAUUGACAGCUAUUGCAUUAAAUCUCAAAGCCUGAUUGUGGACUAAAAAACUGUUCUAAACACUUCCCCCUAACCUCUGAUCAUUAAGCCAUUCAUUUGCAAAAAACCUCUCCUAUUUAGGAGGUUUUGGUUACCUGGUUUAAAAAAAUAAUUUUGCCCAUAUACGUGAUGUGUGAAUGCAGUCACGGUUCUGAGAAUUUAAUGUGGAAAGGAAUUAACUAUUGCUCUCCGGUUAGAAUAAAGCACUGGGGUUUUUUUGGAGCCUAGCUAACCAGCCUCUAAUAUUUACCUCUUUUUGGAGAAUUAAGCAAAUGAUAAUUAAUUCUGAGGAAUAUUCUGGGACCAUUAUCCAGGAGAUUCAGUGUGAAUCUCCCAUAUUUCCAGAAUUUUUGCAUCAAGUACAAUUCAGAGUAAAUCAUCCUCAGAGUAAUGAUCCAUCAGAGAGUCUGUUUGGGGAUAUAGUACUUACAAAGUGAAUCCAAUUAACCUGACUUAAGCGUAACAUUUCUGAUAGCCAAGAUAUUCUACCCUUAAGCAUCCUAAUUAAUCACUGUUUUCUGUAGGUGAGAGAUUUUUGAAAAAAAAGUUUUUAAACUGAUGGUCUUAGACCAGUUGUUACAUUUAUCUGAGUUAGCAUUCAAAUUGAGUGAUCUUGAAAGAUCAAGAAAUAAAUGGCUCCGUUUAAUUGUGGUACCUGAAGUCCAGCAUAAAUAUUACAUAAGGAAUUCUACCUAAAGGUUAUAGGGUUCUACUUAAAAGUUUAAUCAUCAUUUUAGUCCAGGUUUGUUUUGUUUUGUUUUGUUUUGUUUUGUUUUUUGGUAUAGUUGGAAUGAGAACAAGUAUAGUGGUGAUGGUGGGGGUGGUUAUUCUGUCAAAGAAAAUGAAGCUGAUUUAAUGGACUUUUUAUUCAUACAUGUUUCUCAAGUUAAAUAUCUGAACAAAAUGUGAACACCAACCUUUCAUCUCAAUUGUCAUGCGGUACAAGUAAGCAUACUGUUUAUUUCCAACAAUGAAAUAGCCCUGAAAAUAAUUUAUAUCUGUUUAGAAUCUUAAGUCAGUCCGUUGUAUAAGAGAAAGGAUUGUAUAUAUUUCUCUUUCUGUGAAGUAUAUCAUAGAAGACCAGACCAGAUUUCAUGAGUGGCUUAUUGAUAAUGAUGAUGAUGCUAUAAUGAUUUACUCUGUAUGACUUGCUCAACCUUUUAUUGUUUCUUACGAUACUGGAGUAGAAAUAUGUAGUCUGAUUUAUAGCCUUUUACAACAGAAGGGCCGUUUUAAAUGGAUUUGCUUUAAAUAAGGGAACUACAUAAAGUUUUCUCUUAGACUAGUCUAAGAAAUUUUGUAAUAGAAAACAUAUCUAAAAUGAUGUUUAAAAAUACAUGUGGUGUGUGCCCCCAACUGUAAUUUGACUACGUGCUAACUAGUUAUCCAAUAUUUUUUAGUGGAAUUCAGUGACU